AUGAGCGCGAUCCUUUCGGCAGACGAUCUGAAUGAUUUCAUUUCGCCGGGGGUCGCGUGUAUCAAGCCAGUUGAAUCACUUCCGCAAAAAGAUACGAAAGACUCGGAGAACUCCUAUGAAGUGACUACCGAAGACAAAGUUCAACCAGAAGAACUACCGCCCGCGCAGAUCUCUCUGACUGACUGCCUUGCUUGCUCUGGCUGUGUUACAUCCGCGGAAGCAGUCCUUAUUUCCCUUCAGUCCCAUACCGAGGUUCUCAGCACACUUGAUGCAUACCCGGAAAUACCUUUGGCGCAUGGGCACAAUGGGACGGUGGCGAACAAUGCCGACGACUCUGGAGAGAGCAAGAUUUUCGUGGCCAGUGUGAGCCCGCAGGUUAGAGCAAGCCUGGCAACAACGUAUGGUAUCUCGGAGAAAGAAGCGGGGCACAUGAUCGAUCAAUUGCUCAGUGGCCCGCAGGGCCUGCGGGGAGGAGGCAAGAAUGGCAGCGGCUUUACAUGGGUGGUAGACACAAAUAUCAUGCGGGAGGCCGUCCUGGUUCUCACCGCAGAUGAGGUUUCGGACUCGCUUAACUCGGGAGACUCGGCCGGCCAGUCUGAUAACUCUCUUCCCAAACGGCCCAUCUUAUCUUCUGCAUGUCCCGGAUGGAUUUGCUACGCCGAGAAGACACAUCCAUUUAUCCUUCCGCAUCUUUCCCGACUUAAGUCCCCGCAGGCUCUGGCGGGAACGUUCCUCAAGACCGUUCUGAGCAAGUCUCUCGGGAUCCACCCCUCUCGGAUUUGGCAUUUGGCAGUUAUGCCUUGCUUUGAUAAGAAGUUGGAAGCCAGCCGAGAGGAGCUCACAGAUGUGUCGUGGCGCCACGGAGAUGAGAUGGGUUCUGACGCACAGCCUGUUCGCGACGUAGACUGUGUCAUCACUGCACGUGAGCUCCUGUCUCUAGCCUCCGCUCGAGGAUUUUCCCUGCCAACCCUGCCAUUGCAAGCUUUGCCUUCGUCCUUUACUCCGCCAUUCCCCGAGAAAACACUCGAAUCCUUCCUUUCAUUCAAACGCUCUCGAACCGAACAAUCUCUCGCCACGGGCACCUCUGGAGGCUACCUUCACCAUGUCCUCACGAAUUUCCAAUCCCGCAAUCCCGGCAGUGAACUCGUGGUCAACCGUGGGCGCAAUGUCGACGUCGUAGAGUACGUUCUCAUGUCUCAAGAAGGCCAGCCGAUCUUGAAAGCUGCUCGUUAUUACGGUUUCCGGAAUAUCCAAAACCUUGUCCGGAAGCUCAAACCCGCGCGGAUGUCGAGACUCCCUGGUGCAAGGCCCGCCGCAAAGCUCGCCGCUGGUCGGCGCCAGCCAAUGUCACGCAAUGCUGCAUCCACCGGCAGCUCAGGAUCAGAUUAUGCCUACGUGGAAGUCAUGGCUUGCCCAGGUGGUUGCACGAACGGCGGUGGUCAGAUCCGAGUGGAGGACGCUAGAGAAGCCGUCGCCCCGGCUCAAGAUGAGGAAGUAGGCGCACCUGUCAAGGCAUCACCCCACGAGCAACGCGCAUGGCUCGCUCGCGUUGAUGAGGCCUACUACUCUAUGGAAUCUGACUCUGACCCUGAGCUCGAACCCCAGUCUCAGCAGGUUUCAGUCGCUGAAAAGGAAGCUAAGAUUCAUGAAGGCUUGCGUCGCUGGUCGCAAUUUAUGGAUAUUCCACUCCCUAAGCUUGUCUACACAACAUACCGCGAGGUUGAAAGUGACGUUGGCAAAGAUCAAACUCCAGCCAAUGAUACAACUCGUGUUGUUGAACUAGCCGGGAAGAUUGGUGGUGGUUGGUAA